AUGCCGAUGAUGCUCUUGUGCUCCUUGGGGGCUGCUCUCGUGCUGCUCGAGGAAAACAGCAGCAAUACUCUGAAUAAGAUCUUACACUGGGGAGAAGAAUACAAACUAAGAUUUAACGCAAGGAAAACCAAAGGUAUCAUCUUUAACAAACAAGGCAAACAGAACUUAUACCUCAGAGUGCCCACAAUUAAAAUGGGAGGUCACUCGGUCACUACUGAAAAAUCCAUUAAGUACUUGGGAGUAAUUCUCGACCAUCGACUCUUCUGGAAAGAGCACAUAGAUUACAUCACUGAGCAGACCGGAAAAAUCUUUAAUGCCUUUGCCCGUAUUGCAAAGAGUAGAUGGGGCUUGGCCUCCGAAGCUAUGGAAACAAUCUACAAUAAAAUUUUUGUGCCCAUAACAUCAUAUGCGUGCGGCAGCUGGGAAUUGGCUGUCCGCAAAGUGCACAACAGACGUAAAGUGAUAUCCGCUCAAAGUGCACUUAUGCACAUUACUAGAAGGUAUGCAACAACUCCCAAUACCUCCCUACAGAUUCUGGCCAAACAGGCACCCAUAGAUAAACUUCUGAUCUCUAAGGCAACAUUCUGGAACUUCAAAUGGGGCCACACCAUUUACACAGAAAACUAUAACAUCAAUAGCAGUGACUUCGAAAGCAGCAUUGAUUAUGCUCUUACCAGGCAUCUGGCAACACCCAAUUUAAUCACCUUCUCUCAGCCUGAGCAUGCAAACAUCGAAAUUUAUACAGAUGGCUCAAAAGCAGAUUUUAAGGUGGACAGCGGUUUUGUCGCCUUCCACAAUAGCAACGAGAUUGUCUCUGGAAGUUACUGGCUGGGCAAACACUGUUCUGUACUCCAAGCAGAGUUGUUUGCCAUCAAAAUGGCGGGGACUUGCUCAGUCACCAACUACACUAACAACACUGUGGCCAUUAUUUCGGAUAGUGCUUCAUCCAUCUCCCUGCUGCAAAGUGCCACUGGUCACCCCAUCUCCAAUGAAAUAAAAGACAUCAUCAACAACACUAACAACCGCUAUUUCAUUUAUUGGACACGAGCCCACCAGGGCUUGCCUGGUAAUGAGCGUGCCAAUGCCCUGGCGAAAUCCACAGGAGAUGACACCAAUCUCCCUAUCUCUUAUACUAAGCUAACCUCUAAAACAGUCAAGAACCUACUUUGGAAGGAUCUUAUUCUUUCCUGGCAGCAGGACUGGAAUGAUAUUAACCAUCAUACUACAUAUAAUUUCAUCCCUCUCAUUGAGACUUUUAUUUUUAGCAGGUGGUACAAACCUUGCCAUCAUGCUAGUCAAUUCCUCAGUAAUCAUGGCAGAUUCAACUCAUACCUUACAAGGUUCACUAACACAUCCAAUCCUAACUGCUCCCUGUGCGGUGUUGAGAACGGCAGUCAACACUUCUUCUUCAACUGCCUGAUGUUAGAACCAGAGCGGCUUCACCUUAAGCUCACUAUUGAGGCACAUGGUGGAAUAUGGCCCACUGACUGUACGAGAAUCUUUGACUAUGAGGACACUUAUGAUGCCUUCUUAACACUCAUCACUAAAUACUUUCUACGAACCACGGUCAAUGCCUACUCCUAG